AAAGCCGUCAUUUUUUCUCCCGAGCACUCUUCCCUCUCAACAAUGGCGAAGAGCUUAAUGGCCACGACUCGUCCGUACGUUUUUCUCUCCACAAGUUCGAGCCUUCGUCUCCUGUCCCGAUCUCAGAAGAAACCCUUUGCCUCUUCUUCUGCAGCCGCUGUCUCGUUGGCCACCGUAAGAAACAACAACUGCAACUGUGCAAGCCCUGUUCUGUCUUGCCGCCUCCUUUACGGAGAGGCGGCUGCAUCGAUUUACAGCGGCGGAGUCCCCAGGGUUUAUGGGUUUGAUGGUGCGAGUAUUCGUAGACAUGGAUUUAGUACCAGAGCCUCUUUUGUUAAUGAUGCUGGGUCGAUUAACCAGCCUCUAAUGGAAUCCAUGGAGAAAAAGAUCAAGGAAGAGUUGAACGCAGAAUCAGUAUCGGUUAAGGAUAUGUCUGGAGACGGACGUCAUGUAUGCAUUGACGUGGUAUCCUCGGCUUUCGAGGGGCAAUCCACAGUGAACAGGCAGAGGAUGGUUUAUAAAGCCAUCUGGGCUGAGCUUCAGAACGUCGUUCACGCAGUUGAUCAGAUGACAACAAAGACUCCUUCUGAAGCAGAGUCUCAGAAGUGAAGGGCGACAACCUAAUCUGUGGUCGGAAUCAGUUUCUGUGAUAUUCUUUCUUCUGUCGGAUCUAUUGCCUCCGAACAGCAAUAAGUUGGUCUUGCUUUGGCAACGCUUCUAUUGCAUUCGCUUUACGUAAAAGAAAUUUUUCCAUUGCAAUGAAAGAAACAAAGUGAAAGAAAAAAAAAAGUUCAACUUUCUUGAAACAAAGGAGAAAGUGAAAG